AAUCACAAAUAAGUGAGACGCAACGCACAAACAAAACGAUUCCGACCGAUCUUCUCGUCUGUCGUCCCUUGAUAAGUUUUUGAUUGGAAUUAAGUAAUCGUAUGUUUGUGUAUUAAAACAUGUGAGAAAUUGGUUUUCUUGAAUGAAUGUUAUGCUAUUACGUUCGUUUCAAGAUUUUUGCAUAUCAAAGAUUUAUUUUUUACUCGGUUACAGUGCUUUUUCCUCGAAUGUGAGGAUUACAUGGAGUCUCCCCGUGUUUAUAAAUAUUGAUUUGUUGCACACCGUGUUUUCUAACGUUUCUGAUGUGCUUUUAAUUGUGUAGUGAAAUGUGGGUAACUGUGAACCGUGAAAAAUUGUUUUAGUGGUAAUGAAAAUGCAACAGUUGUCGAUGUUUCGUUAUGGCGCGGUAAUAAUGUUUGUUUCGUGUGUUUGAUCGUGUUACCUUGUGUUGUUGUGUUUAUUUGACAAUGGAGGGGACUACGGAGAAGGAUUGCUCUCCUUUGUGGAGCUUGUACCAGCAGAUCGUGUCGGAUAUGAAGAACAGUGCGCCGAUGUGGGAGGAGUUUAUAUCAAAGGCCACCAAGCUUCAUUCUGCUUUGAAGUCGGCGUUGGUAGCGAUAGCGGCCUUCUUGGACGCAUUUCAGAAGAUUGCUGAUGCAGCGACCAAUGCCAGAGGAGCGACAAAAGAGAUCGGCACAGCGCUCACGAGGGUGUGUCUUCGGCAUCGAGCUAUUGAGACCAGGAUGAAGACGUUCAUAAGCGCUUUAAUGGAUACGCUGAUUACUCCGCUAUCGGAGCGGGCGGACGACUGGCGCCGGGGUGGCUGCGCGACCGGUGCCCUUAGUCGGGAACACGCUCGCGAGUGUAAACGAGCGCGGGCAGAACUCAGACGGAGGGUUCAAGAGGCACAACGGCAUGCCAGGAAAGCGCGUCGUGCUCAACCAGACGCGAAACGACGGGCUGAUGUCUGUAUGCAGGAUGUCCAGGAACGCAAACAACAGUUGGAAGAAAUGGAAGAGAAGGCGGUUAAAGCCGCUCUUAUUGAGGAGAGGAGCCGCUUCUGCCACUUCGUAUCGUUACUCAAUCCCGUUGUGGAGAGUGAAGUAGCAAUGCUAGCGGAGGUCGGCCACCUGCAGGAAGGCAGCGAGCAGCUCGUACGCCACACGGCGGAGCCUAGAACUUUACCAGCGGCCAGCUUACAGGUACAAAAUUUGAACCACUAUCGUUAAAUUCUUUCAUUAAAU